GUAGGUACUUUCUAGCUUCGCCCCAAUUUAAUCGUACGUCACCCGCAACGGUGACCCAGGAAGCAAUUCAAGCUACACAAUUUUCGGCGUAGAUAUAGCUUAGAAUUAACGAACCAUUGCAUGUUAGAAAUAAGCACGAACAAAAAGCUUCAUAUAUUCCGAUGACGGAGUGUUACAUCAGUGAUGAAAUUUGUCGAAUAUUGCUUGCAAUGCACACAAAUGUAUAAUGGAAGCUUUGAAUUUUUUCAAUUAACUGAGUCUUUAAUUUUAUAAUUAUUUUUCAGAAAGAACGCGCAGGUGCAAUAUAUUCCCGGUUCGGUCAUUGGUGUGAACGGGGGUUUGCGGCAAAAAUCCCGUUUUUUUCAUGACGUGAUAGCAUCGUUCAAGUCCUCGACUAUCUCAUUUCAUCUGUGCCUACGCCCAGAGGAGUACCGCACGUCGUCGACAACUCCACCGUCGUCUGUUGUUCAUCCAGUUGACAGCGUGCAUUAUGAAGCACAACUGACGCAGCGUAAAAAGGGGAUUGGCAGGGAAGUUGAAUGCAAUUGUCCAGAUGACCAAAGGUUCACGAAUUUAUCCCUGUUAGCGCUGUUAAAAGUGCACCAAAUAUCAAGACCUCGGUGAUCUAGACCCGCACAAUAUCUCUGACUUAGUUGAAUGUUGAAAUCUACGUCACGAACACUCAGGUUCAAACUGGCACGUCUGUCACAUUGUGAGGCGUGAUAAGUUAUAGCCGGUCCAGUGAAAACGAGAUUUCUGAAAUAGAUUUCAGGCUCUGUCAAAUUUAAUAUUUUGUUACUGAAAGAUGCCUCCAAAAAAAAAAAAGGAGUACUUGAUAAUAUUAGCCAGCAUUGGGUGCACCAAUAUAACAGAUGAUGGAAAUGAGUUGAGUUUCUUGGAAAACUCCAAACUUGUUAUGAAACAUGUGAUCCAAAGAAAGAUUUUCUUACGUCCAAAUGAUGAAAUUGGAAUCAUACUUAUGGGUACAAACCGAACAAAUAAUCAUUCAUUAUGCCACAACAUUGUAGAAUUGAAUGCCUUGGAAAAACCCUCAUGGGACAUGGUCGAAAAAGUGAUGAAUUUGAAAGCCAGUGAUAAAAAAAACAACUGGAUUGAUGGAAUGUGUGUAAUGCUUGAUUACGUCAACAGGGAAUGUAUUGAACAUAGUGCUAGAAGAACGGUAAUGUUGUUAACCGAUUUCAAAGAAGAACCUGAUGUCAUUAAUCAAUGCGAUCUAAAUGAGAUUGCUAAUAGCAUAAACGCUGCGAACAUCAACUUGCUUGCAAUAGCGAAUAAAUCCUUGCAUAGAGACUCUCAGAUUGAUUUCAACGCAAGCGAAAAGCUUUUUGUGAGACUUUGCAAAAUGGUUGGAGCUGAAAUAAUGACAUUUGAGGAAACUAUACCAAAGUUGAGGUUUUAUAAGCAUCAGCCAACUACUCCAAUGGCAUGGAAGGUUGACAUGGAUUUAUUUGGCAUUGCAAUUCCAGUGAGGGCUUAUUUGAAAACAGCUAAGGAUCUCUUCCGACUCAAAUGGUCUGCUGCCACUGAGGUACACAAUAAAACGAUACCGGUUGAACGGAAUCGAGUUUUCGUGGAUAAAAGCAAAGAAGAAAUUGAUCCAGAUGAAAUUAUUACUGGAAAUAUGUAUGGACGAAAAUUUAUACCGUUUUCAGAUGAAGACAAAGAUGCAUUAAAGUAUAAAAGCGGACCGAAAAGUUUGAUAAUUUUCGGAUUCACAAAGCAAGAGCGGAUUAAAAUGGAUUCUUUGGCAGGCAAGGGCGCAUACGUUGUUGUACCUCAGCAAGAACAGUACGCCAGUCCAUUCUAUUCGUUGGUAAAGGCUAUGUCGGAUGCUAAGAAAGUCGCCAUUGCCAGAAGAGUAUAUCAGGCCAACUCUGCCCCAAAAAUGGGGGUAUUAAUCCCAGAAAUCAAUGUUCCUGGGCAACCUUGGUGUUUGGUGUAUAUCGAGUUGACUUUUGCUGAAGACAGAAGGAUAGUGGAGGUACAAUCUACGCGUUCUGCUCUGAAGGAGCUAUCAUCUGAGCAACAAGAAGCAGUGGAUAAUCUUAUUGAGUCUAUGAUGCUUAUGGAAGUUAAGGAUGAAACUACAAAGGAAAAGAAAGAAGCAUUUCAAGUAGGCACAGUAUGCGAUAUUUCCCGGCAGCAUGUAUGGGAUUUGUUAGCGCAUCGCGCUUUGAACCCAACUGAGACCGAACUACCAGAAGUAUCGGAAACUCUGAUAAACAUGAUUUCAGUUCCAAGCUCUGUACAAGUGAAAUCACAACCUACGUUGAGCGCUAUCAAGGAACUGUUUCCUAUGAAACGUGUGGAGCCAAAAGAAAGUACUUACAGUCAUGGCGCUAGAACUUCUAGAGAUCACACCAUGGAGUUCGAAAAUCACGAGACUGCGGUCGCAAAAACCACACAGAAUGUACUAUCAGAUAUUGAUAGAAAAAGGGCAGAACAACUGAAAGAUGAUGAGGAAAUAGUCCAAGCUACACAAUCUCUGCAGGCAGAUUUACAAAACAUGGAUGUUGAUUUCGAGGAUAUGGUAAUUGAAUUAAUAUUUGGAGUGUAAAUAUGCCUCGUGUAUUCGAAUGCUAACUGAACAACCGUUCAGAAUAGAAUCUUGUAAGAUUGAUUCUAACUAAUUUUUCCGCACAAAACAGUACGACUCCGAAUCGGAAUCAACUUUUCCAGCACACAGUCGCAUAUUAUUGCUUCGAUUUUCUUACUAUACGUAAUUUCUAUACAAUGUAAAUAACGAUGUUAUAACAUGGCGCCUAAUUUUUAACCGUUUCAAAAGGAUGUUUCUUAUUUG